AGCUGUCCGUGUUUGGUCCGCCAUGUUAGGCUCCUCGGGCCGUCUGACAGAGCUCACUUGGCCUACUUCAGAGCGCGGCAUGGAGCCGCAGGUGAACCUCCGCGUCACCUGCCGUGGGGAGACCCAAAGUUUCCUCGUGUCGGACUCGGCGCACACGACGUGGGCAGAUGUGGAGGCCAUGGUUAAAGUUUCAUUUGACCUGGGUGACAUUCAGAUCAAGUACAUUGAUGAGGAUAACGAUGAGGUCUCCGUGAACAGCAAAGAAGAAUAUGAAGAAGCUCUAAAGAUUGCAGUUAAGCAAGGAAAUCAACUUCAGAUGAAUGUGUAUGAAGAAGACUCUUGUCUGAAGGAAACUUCAAGACCUUGUUCCUCUCAACUCCAUGAGAAAACUGGGACAGAAAAGUUGAUGCUUCUUGAAGAGAAGAAACUGCUUGUGCAGUCUACCAUGCUAGCUCAGGGUUUAGAAGACGACUUAAAAAAUGGGAAGCAGCUGACAUUCCAGCAAAAGUUAAAUUGCACUAGAGAAGGAAGAACAAAUGAAAACCCUCCAGAAUGGUUUACAAGCUACUUGGAAACAUUCAGAGAACAAGUCGUUAAGGAAACUGUUGAGAAACUGGAGCAGAAGCUGUAUGAGAAGCUUGUUCAUUGCAGUCAGCCUCCAGAGCUCUCAGAAGCAUCUGUCACAGCAGUACUGUCAGAGAGCCGGCUGGGGAAUGGCAGCCAGUGUGACUGGCUGAUCUCCUGCUGCAGCUGCCAGGCCAGGAUUGUUGGAGUUCGCUACCAGUGCAGCGUCUGCCCAGCUUACAAUAUCUGUGAGCGGUGUGAGGCGGGGACAUACGCUCACGACCCCAACCACGUCCUGCUCAAGCUGCGCAGACCUGUGCUGGGCCCUGCUGACAGCCAUGGCCCUGCCGAGGGCACUCCUCGCCUGCCUGCCACCCUGGAGCAAGUCAGGCUUCAGAAACAGAUGGACAAAAGGUUUCUGAAGGCAGAAAAGCAAAGACUGCGAGCAGAGAAGAAGCAGAGAAAAGCAGAAGUCCGAGAGCUCAAAAAGCAGCUGAAAUUGAACAGGAAAAUUCAUCUGUGGAACUCCAUCCAUGUGUUGGAAGCCAGUGGCUCACCUGCUCUGAAAUCUGACAGUCUCCAACCUAAUGCUUUCCUUCAACCCUUCCAAGCAAUUGUCCCAACCCUGAGUGCGGUGUUUGUGGAUGAGAACUUGCCUGAUGGGACUCACCUGCAACCAGGAACAAAGUUCAUCAAACACUGGUGGAUGAAGAACACUGGCAAUGUGGAGUGGGGCUCAGACACAAAGCUGAAACUGAUGUGGGGAAACCUGACCUUGGCAUCUUCUGGAAAAAAGGAUGUGUUAGUGCCAUCCCUUCCCUCAGGACAUGUAGGAACUGUUUCAGUUGAGUUUGUAGCUCCUAAUAUAGAAGGAACUUACACCUCUCACUGGAGACUGUCACACAGAGGGGAACAGUUUGGGCCCAGGAUCUGGUGCAGUAUUAUUGUGGAUCCCUCCCCACCUACUGACUCUACAGAACACAAUUGGAAGGAUUCUGACUCGUGUCAGAAGGAAAAAAAUUCCAGCACCAAACAGGAUGCUUCCUUAAAGACAGAAGCAGGUACUCAAGUGAUAGGUGAAGUCAUGGAGCAGGCUGAAAUACCUUUGCCACCUAUUCCUUUAAAUAUCAAAACUCUGCCAAAUGAGAGAGAAUAUUAUAUCCCAUCUGUUGAUCUUCUCACUGCACAGGACUUGCUGUCUUUUGAGCUGUUGGAUAUCAAUAUUGUGCAGGAGUUAGAGCGAGUGCCACACAACACUCCUGUUGACAUGACUCCAUGCAUGUCCCCUUUGCCACAUGAUAGCCCCUUGCUGGAGAAACCUGGCCUGGGUCAGAUAGAGGAGGAGAAUGAGGGGAGUGGAUUUAAACCAGUGCCUGGAGUGACAGAAGCCUGUUCUCCUGCAGAUGCUCGUGUAGUGAAAGUGAAAGCUGAGCAUCUACUAACCCAGGAGGAAGGAGAAGAAGAUAUGAGUGGGACUCAAUUUGUCUGUGAAACUGUAAUUCGCUCUCUAACCCUGGAUGCUGCACCUGAUCAUAAGCCUCCACAAAAAAAGAUCCCCCAGAACUCUCUGCAAGCACUGCAAGACACCUUCAGUUGCAAUGUGAUAAAUGAAGAAUCUACUAGGAUAAAAACUAAUUCCACUUCCAGAAAGGAAGCAAAUAUUCAUCAGUCAGAGCCAAUGAUAGAAAAUGACUGUGGGGACCUUCUGCUAUCUGACAGAGCAAGCCCCUGCACUGAUACUGGCAAUUCUGAUGAAGAUAAAGAUGAUGUUCAAAGUCAAGGCUCUUCUGCCUCAUCAGAGGAUUAUAUCAUUAUUCUCCCUGAGUGCUUUGACACCAGUCGUCCUUUAGGAGAGUCUAUGUAUAGCUCAGCUCUUUCUCAGCCCAGUUUGGAAAAGAGAGGAGAGCCUGAAACGAGAGGAGAAACUCCAGAAGGGGGAAGCCAGCCACAGAUCCACAGUAUCAGUGAUACUUUAACUUCACAGGCACUGGCUGUAGUCCCACUUGCCCCAGGGGCUACAGACACCUUACCGCAGAUGCAAAGCAAUCUUGCAUCUCUUCAGAAUCCUGUCCUUCAAGAGCCAAACACUCCAUCUGCAGAGACUCUCUCUUCCAUUCGUAAUCAGCUAAGAGAAGAACCCAGUGGUGAAGACAGCUGUGGACCAGGGUCUUCUGGAUUUGUAGCUAGUAAACAGAAGUGCUCAGAAUACGCAAGAUACUCUCAAGGAAGCAGCAUUGCAGGAGAACUGGUUAAAGGAGCUUUGUCAGUUGCUGCUUCAGCCUACAAAGCAUUGUUUGCUGGACCACCCAUUAUAGAACAGCAGCCUGCAGCUGCAGAAGAGCACACAGCCACUCUUCUGUCCAGUCUGGGUGAGAUGGGGUUCUGUGACAGGCAGUUAAACUUGCAGCUGCUGAAGAAACACAACAAUAACAUGGUUCAAGUGGUAACUGAGUUGCUUCAGAUCAGUAAUGGUGACUGGUACAGCAGCAGAUGCUGAACCUUCCUGGUGGAAGGAGGAAUCCUCUUCAUUUAGUAACCUUUCUUUAAACAUGGCAACAGCAGCAGAUUGCUCCUCAGCUGCUUUCUUUUUGGAGGCGUGACUCCAAUUUUGGCUUUUCUUUGAGCUUUUGACUUUUUUCUCAUGGAAAUGUCAAACAGUGCUUGUCACAGCAUCUUACAGAGACCAGAAUUUCAACUGCUAUUUGGACCUCAUAGCUAAAUGAGUAGUCUUUAAGUCUCUAAUUUCAUACCGA